AAAAAAAAAAAAACUAGUAAGUUCAUUGAUAUGGGGAAUGUGGGAUAUACAAGAAGCAGGUUUAAAAGUGCUAAGUUUCAGAAUGGACUAUGCGGUCAUUGAUCAUCUCAAAAUACUUUAAAAGUUCGAUUAAAUCGAUUUGGAGGAGAGUUAUCAAUGUUAAAGCAACUAAAAUGUUCUUUUGAACAUGUCUAUUUACACAUAAACAAUCUAUUUAGACAUGGACUUCACUUCUAAUUAAAAAUCAAAUCACAUCAAAUGUUAAAUUGAAUACAUCCCUUUAGGAAAUGGACAUUUUCGUCUUUUCAGUAUAGUUUCGGUUUUUGUAUAUUGGUUUUCUAAAACUGUUUUCUAGAGGUAUACACCGCUCUAGGAAAGUGUUCGAUUAAAUGUUUUUUGGUGUUUUGAGUAUAUUUUAGUUAUUUUAAAUAUUUAAUUUUGAUUAUUUAUAUUUACUUUCAAGUAUUUUAGACAAUUUAAAAAUGUUUUUAUUGACAUUAAAUAUAAAACUAAUUAAUAUAUUUAGAUAGAUAAAUCUAUUUCAUAUAUAAUUGCUUUGGUUCAGAUCGAGUUCGGUUUUGAUUCUAUAAAUACCAAAAUUUUGACUCUGUUCAGAUAUUUAAUCAAUUUCGAUUCGGAUUCAAUACUAUUUUUCGGAUCGGAGUUACCGGCGAUUGGUAAUGGUAUUAGACUCUCGAGAACCAAAACAAUAAACUGAUUGACUGUGAUCAGGUCAGAGCCUUCUGUUGGAAGAGAUUGUAUUCGGUUCUGUUUUCGGAUUUGAGUUUUUUGCCCGGCUCUAGUUCGGUUAGUAAAAUACUUGAAUAGAACGACUUCAAAGUAUUUAGCUCUUAGACUCCGACAAAAAAAAAAAAAAAGGUCUUGAGGUAAGAACUGCAAAAGUUGACACGAUCGUUAGUGAUGAAGAUGGGCCAUAUGGGCCAAUUCAGAAUCAUCUCUUUUAAGUUUUAACUAAGCCCAUUUCAAUUACUAUACGUAAAGCCUCCCCGUUGCUCAACUACCCUUUGAUGGCUAACUCAGCUGCCUACGAAGCUAUCGUCCGAGCAGGUCCUCGCCUAAACCAACUCCAACAAGUCCACGCCCACCUCAUCGUCACGGGCUACGGUCACAGCCGGAGUCUCUUAACAAAGCUCCUAACUUUCGCCUGUUCCGCUAAAGCCCUCGCUUACACUCGCCUCCUCUUCCUCUCCGUGCCUCUCCCCGACGACUUCCUCUUCAACACUAUCAUCAAAUCGACUUCAAAGUCUCGUUUACCGUUAGAUUGCCUCGCUUACUACCGUCGUAUGUUAUCUUCUUCCAACGUCUCUCCGAGUAGCUACACUUUCACCUCCGUUAUCAAGUCAUGCGCUGAUCUUUGUGAGUUGAAGAUCGGAAAGCGGGUUCAUUGCCACGCGGUGGUUUCUGGGUUUGGGUCGGAUAGUUAUGUUCAGGCGAGUUUGGUUGCUUUAUAUGGAAAGUGUGGAGAUGUGGGAGGUGCACGGAAGGUGUUCGAUGAAAUGCCUGUGAAGUCUGUUGUGGCGUGGAACUCGCUUGUUUCUGGGUUGGAGCAAAACGGGUUAGGGGAAGAAGCGAUACGUGUGUUUUAUCAGAUGAGGGAAUCAGGUUUGGAGCCGGAUUCAGCUACGUUUGUGAGUGUUCUCUCGGCUUGUGCGCAGACCGGGGGGAUUGGUUUGGGUUCUUGGGUGCAUCGGUAUAUUGCUGAUAAUGGUUUUGAGUUGAAUGUGAAGCUCGGUACUGCGUUGGUUAACUUGUAUUCGAGGUGUGGGGAUGUUGGAAAGGCUCGGGGAGUGUUUGAUGAGAUGAAGGAGACUAAUGUGGCGGCUUGGACGGCGAUGAUCUCUGCUUAUGGUAGUCAUGGAUGUGGCAAACAAGCAGUAGAUCUUUUUAAUAAAAUGGAGGAUGAUUACGGUGUAACACCUAAUGAUGUAACGUUUGUAGCUGUUUUAUCUGCUUGUGCUCAUGCUGGACUCGUUGAGGAAGGACGUUCUGUUUACAAGAGAAUGAGCAAGAUGUAUGGAUUGGUUCCAAGAGUGGAGCAUCAUGUUUGUAUGGUUGAUAUGCUUGGGAGGGCUGGAUUGCUUGAUGAAGCUUAUAGUUUCAUACAUGAACUUGAUGCUGCUGGGAAAGCAACUUCUCCAGCGUUGUGGACAGCGAUGCUCGGAGCUUGCAAGAUGCACAGGAACUAUGAUCUCGGUGUAGAUAUCGCCAAGAGGCUCAUAGCCCUCGAGCCAGAAAAUCCGGGUCAUCAUGUUAUGCUCUCAAAUAUCUACGCCUUGAGUGGCAAAACAGAUGAAGUGUCACACGUUAGAGAUGGGAUGAUAAAGAACAACCUUAGAAAACAGGUUGGCUAUAGUGUAAUUGAAGUAGAAAAGAAGACGUAUAUGUUCAGUAUGGGUGACGAAUCUCACCCAGAGACUGGAGAAAUUUAUAAGUAUCUAGAAACUCUGAUGAGCCGGUGCAAGGAGAUUGGGUAUGCGCCGGUGUCUGAAGAAGUGAUGCACCAAGUAGAGGAAGAAGAAAAGGAAUAUGCGCUUCGAUACCACAGCGAGAAGCUCGCUGUAGCAUUCGGGCUGUUGAAGACCGUAGAUGAAGCCAUUACAGUUGUGAAGAAUCUACGCAUCUGUGAGGAUUGUCACUCUGCUUUCAAGUACAUUUCUAUUGUAUCCAACAGGCAGAUCAUAGUGCGAGAUAAGCUUAGAUUCCACCAUUUCCAAAACGGUUCUUGUUCAUGUUUGGACUAUUGGUAAAGACAAAAAUAUACAAACACAAGUGUUUCAUUUUUAUUACAAAACAUGGUACAUGGUU